AUGAUACCUUUAAUCACCAUUCAACAAAGCUUUGAAAGCGUUAUAGACGAUUGCACACGAGGUGUAGUCGACGAGGAAGACAUAUGGGUUACCAGACGUCUGUUGAAUAAGGCAGAUGAUGCAAUUACUGAGUAUUACGAUUUAACCAUAGCUAAAGGUGAUCACCUAUCCUAUAGCAACGUUCAAGUCACAUUAACCCCUUUAAAGUCACAUCAAUAUGAAUUGAAGUUGAAGGACGAUAGGUAUAUUAUUGAAACCGGUAUCGAUGUUACAACCAUUGAAGGUACGAUUAAUUCCAUUGACGCCGCCAAAAGUGUUGAUACUCCAAUAGUUAUUGUGGCCAAAGACUUUGAAGUCGCUUGUAUUGAUAUAAAAGAAAAAGUUAUAACUAAUCAAUUGAGGCUAUCCAGUAAAGUCACGAGUCCUAUUUUAAAGGCAUAUUUGUUCCCAUCCAAUAAAGUCAUUCUUACCGUGAAUUUGGACUACUCAUGUAAUAUUUUUCCACUAGAGCAAACCAAACAUGAAGACGAAGGUGAUGAAGAUCAAGACGAAGAUGAAGAUCCUCAACCUGUGCGCACUUUCAUUGGACAUAAAAAGACUAUCACCAGUUUACAAUUGAUUGGAUGUAAAGGAAGAAACGUUCUUACGGGAUCAAAGGAUGGUAAGAUCAAUUUGUGGGAUUGCGGCAGUGGUACAUUGGUGAAAUCAUUUUACAGAAUAGAUGGCAUUGAUGAUCCAGUGAACAGCAUAGUUCUUGGGAACAUCGAACCUUUGAAAGAUCAACCUAUUAAUAACGUAAAUGAAUUUGAAACCUCGGGUAUAUGUUUCUAUGCUGGAUAUCAAAGUGGAAUAAUUCAACAAUUUGAUAUUGUUAACCACAACCAAACUAGAAUCAAAUUUAAGAAUGAUGAUCCAAUUGUUAAAUUAAUUAAUGUGGAGAAUAAGUACCUUGUUAGUGGACACGAGAAUGGGGUUUUAAGUAUCUGGAGUUUAAAAACAAACGAGAAAGUCUUUCAAAUUCAGUUCAAUCAGGAUUAUCCAAUUAGUCUUAUUGAGUGUAUUGAAUUGAGUCAUCAUCAAGAUACCAUAAAGCUUGUUAUAUAUAAUGGGCCUGAAACGUUACUUCGAUUGAGUAUAGACUUAGCCAAGAGCACAAUGGAUUCAUUGCACUACUUGGUAGGACUACCUGAAGUUUUCCAAUUGACUGAUAUGACUGUAAAGAACAAUGUAUUAUAUGUUGUAGGCAAUGAUGGAUUCCUUUACAGCUACAGGUAA